GUUUAAACCCUUUGAAUAGAAUUCAGAUAGGGCUUGAAGAAGGUUUUGAGAAAGUAGAGAAUGGCGUCUGCUUCCACAACUCUGGGCAUUUCCAUUAGACUUGGAUGUUCCAGCAAUGAACAUCUCCUUUUGGGUCAGCCCAGAAGUAGAACUAACAUUGCCUUGCCAUUUCACUCUUCUUCCUCUCGUCUUGUUACUUUCUCUCGCCGUCGAAACAAUUCUGCUAUCACUUCUUCCAACAAAAAGAAAAAGAGUUCACCUAGGAAAGAUACGGAGCAAGUUGAUGAUAUAGAUGAAGAUGCUUUUGAGGCACUCUUUCAGCUGCUGGAAGAAGAUCUGAAAAAUGAUGAGCUAUCCUUGGAUGAUGAUGAUAUAACUGAGGAGGACCUCGCGAAGCUUGAACGUGAAUUGGAGGAAGCACUGAAGGAUGAUGAACUACUAGGAGAAAUUGACUCAAUUGCCAAUGAGAACAUUGAAAGUAGUAUGGCUGAAGAUGAAGAAGCAGUAGCAGAAGAUGCCAAUGAAGAUGAAGAUAUGCUAGUGAAAUUGAAAAAUUGGCAACUUAAGAAACUGGCAUAUGCCUUGAGAAAGGGACGGCGUAAGUUAAAUAUAAAAAAUCUUGCUGCUGACCUAUGCCUUGAUAGAGCUGUUGUUCUUGAAAUGCUUCGCAAUCCUCCACCAAAUCUUGUGUUGCUGAGUGCUGCCUUACCUGAUGAACCUGUCCCCAGAAUGUUAGAGCCUGAAAGCAAACCCCUGGAAACUGUUCCCAUCGAGAUGAGUGAUGCUGCGAAGCCAGAUGCUAAGGUGGAAACGCCAGUUCAUGUGAUGCAAAGUAAUUGGUCUGCUCAAAAGAGACUAAAGAAAGUCCAAUUGGAAACCCUUGAACAAGUUUAUAGGCGAUCGAAGCGGCCCACUAAUGCCAUGAUUAGCAGCAUUGUGCAUGUGACAAAUGUGCCUCGGAAAAGAGUUCUGAAAUGGUUUGAAGACAGACGGUCUGAAGAAGGGGUUCCUGCACAUCGACUUCCAUACCAGCCAUCGUCUAUAUCUGAAUAGUACUUUCCUUGUAAAUACCAAGUAAUUUCUACAUGUGAAACUGGGAUACCGUCAGCUUCCUUUGGCUAUUUAUCUUACUGAAGCUAUAACAACAGGAGUAAAUAGCAAUAUCCUCUGUAAAGAAAAGACGGUUAUGAACAAAAAGAAAUGAACAUCUUUAUAGCUUUUGUCUGUU